AUGUCUUUUCGCGACGGCUUUUACAAAGGGCGAGAAAAACGAGGUUCAUCGUGGCGCGGCAGCGGCAGCGCUAGAGUGGAAGAGCCGCCAGCUCCACCAAAUAAACCUUUUGGUCCCACAAUCGAUAGCAUCGACAUCAAGACGCUGUUGAUCGAGGAGGCUGCUCCCAAAAUCAAAGACGUUGAGUAUAUCGCAUCCUAUAACUGGCUCAACGGCAAAUCUCCCACUAUUUUGGUCCCAGGCUCUCCACCAGCAUGGACCCCACCAACGGAAGACACAAAGCUAAAACCCGACAGUGAGGAAGUUUUCCGAGAUAUCAAUGCGGCUCGAUACGCAUCAUACCCUAUGGAGCCUGCAUUUCGCUCACUACAAGCUAUGAAACCGGAAUACGACCUACAGUCAAUAGAUAUUGCCGGAUGUGGUAGCACAUUUGGGAACCUCCUGAGGUUUGCAAGGUCAGAGUCGAGGCCAUUUCGGUUUGAUGUGGACGUUAUUAGUGACACCGUACUCUUCGUCCGUCGAGAAAGCUCCCCUACUGAGGUCAUCACGAAUUUACAUGGCUAUGGCCAUACUUUUCCUGAUGCGUAUACAACGUGGGAUAUGGAAGUUCGAAACUCAUGCUCUCACCAACGCAUCAUUAGGUAUGAUUUUGGCGGCCUGGAGUUCCUUGUCCGGACCGAAACAGACGGCUAUAUCAAAUUGCCCGGUACAGAUGCACCAUCGAGGCCCUCAGAGCCUGCAAACGAGCCAUCAGUCACUGAAGAGCUUGGAUCUAUGUUGAUGGUCAGCGGAGAACCUGCUCAUGACCAGAAACUGAAAUUAAAAAUGAAAGGCAGGUUGAUACCUCAGCAGCAGAUUUUUGAUAUAAAAACCCGUGCAAGCUACAGGUUAUUCGACAUGGACGAGAUCCUUCCGCGACUUUGGCUUAACCAAACACCCAAAUUUCUAAUCGCCUAUCACACGUCUGGUCUCUUCAAUAACCCAGGGGUUAAAAAUAUCAGGCAAGAUGUCCUCCAGUGGGAACAUGAUAAUUCUGCCAUCUUGGCACGUUUCCACUCCCUUGUUAGCAGGAUCGUGGAUGUUGUUCGGGAUUCUGAUUCCAAGCAAUGCGAAGUCAGCUGGGACGGCCAGGGGCCCCUACUCAUUACGAGCCAGAUUGGUGAACCGAGGCGAGCCCUUCCACUUGAUCUUAUACAGCUCUUCCCAAGCCAAACAUAA